AUGGACGCGCGACCGGGACCUGAAGACGCUACGACGUCACGACACGUACUCCUGCCGCCCGCUCCCCGCGUAAGCCAGGUUGACGCGGACGAGCUCGAUGAGGGGCUGGUCGGCAUGCUCGCGGAGAAGGUGGAGCGCAGUAUGGGGAACAUCAGGAGCAAUCUAGGCGUUGACUUCAAGCCGGAAAUCAGCUUGAUACUGAAGCUGGUCGUAUUCCGGCUAUCGUACUUCGGGCCCCUAGCGCGGUCCAGUCCAGGUGCGAGGCUGCAGAACCUCAAGAUGGUCCAUGACUCGCCAAAUGGCUCUCUGAAAGCUCCCCAGAAGCUACUCCUUCUGUACCUUCUCCUCCAUCCGCCCAUAUUUCCCACCUAUGUCCUGACACGACUUCGGAAUCGCGCAUUGUCGAAACAAUGGCCUGAUCUGCCGGCGCACGAUUGGCGGAGGAAAGCUUGGAAGGUGAUUGUGCGGCUGGAAGAGUGUGCGCGAGUAUGGGAGCUCGCUGGGUGGGGCGCGUUCUUAUGGGACGGGAAAUACCCAUCCUUGCUCAUGCGGAUCAUGAAGCUUCGUCUCGUUCCCGCUUCGCCACACCUGCAAAAGCUCGUCUCGUACGAAUUCAUGAACCGCCAGCUUGUCUGGAGCGCCUUCACCGAGUUUGCCAUGUUCUCCAUACCUCUACUACCUCCACUUCCGGCCUUCCUCGCCCCUUCCGCCCUGCUCAGUCCUAUAUCCGCCCUCCUCUCCCGCCCCACCAAGAUCGACUACUCCUCCAUACCCCUCCUACCCUCACUUUCUUCCAAGACCGCAGGAGGGCAUGUAUCCUCUCCAGCCAAACAUCAAGGUCCACUGGCGGAUCUCCCCCUCGAUACCUGCCCAAUAUGCCAUCUCCGCCAAUCAGCCGCGCCGCGCCCUCUCGACUCCAUAGGCGCAGGAUCAGGGAUAUCUCUUCCGCCUAUAUCGGGCUCAGGGCAGGACGAAGCCGCGGGUCAAGAAGAGACGCGAAUAUUCGUUCCAGCGCAGUCGGACUGCUGGGGCGGGUGUAGGUGGUGUUAUUACUGUAUAGGGGAGGAGCUGUACAAGCACCACGAAUCGGUCAAGAGGCGGCAGAAGGAGAAGGGCGGGGGCGGGAAGAAGGGGAGGAAAUUUGCGGACGGAGAGAAGGAGGAAGAGCAAAAAGACAAGGGGUGGAGCUGUCUCCGAUGUGGAGGGUCGGUCAGCAGAGCUUGGAGAGUGGGUGCGGGUGAUGGGCGAGAGGGAAUGCGGCGUAUCUUGGGAGAGACAUCUGGUCAAGCCAUAUCAGGCGAAUAG